UUCCCUUCCGAAGCAAGAUCCCACCCGCAAAUGGUAGCUCGCCUCUAGCUCUCUACUCCCCGCCACCUCCACCCACCUACCACCUCUCGCCAUGCCGGGGCUCGCGGCCGCCGACGCCGCCUCGCCGCCGCCCGCCGCGGCGCCGGCCCCGCGCCGGCUCUCCUCCCCGCUCCCGCGCCGCGCGCCGCCGUCCCCCUCCCCCUCCUCCGCGUCCCGCGCCGUCGGCAAGCCCUCCCGCAAGUCCCUCGGCCCGGACACCACGGACGAGGCGGCGCUGGACAACCCGGAUCUCGGCCCGUUCCUGCUCAAGCAGGCGCGGGACGCCAUGGUGUCCGGCGAGGGCGGCGGCGCCGCGCGCGCGCUCGAGUUCGCGGAGCGGGCGGCGCGCGCGCUCGAGCGCCGCGGCGACGGCGCCGAGCUCGAGCUCGCCAUGAGCCUCCACGUCGCCGCCGCCAUCCACUGCGGCCUCGGCCGCCACGCCGACGCCGUCCCCGUCCUCCAGCGCGCCGUCGCCGUCGUCACCCCGCCGGCCCCCGCGCCCGCCGCGGAGGGGGAGGCGGAGGCCGUGCCGCAGGCUGAGGAGGAGGAGGAGGUGCGCAAGGGCGAGGAGUGGGCGCUCGCCGCCUUCUCCGGCUGGAUGCAGCUCGGCGACACGCACGCCAUGCUCGGCCGCAUGGACGAGUCCAUCGCCUGCUACGGCAAGGGCUUCCAGAUCCAGAUGGCCGCUCUCGGCGACCGCGACCCCCGCGUCGCAGAGACCUGCAGGUACUUGGCGGAAGCACACGUGCAAGCGCUGCAGUUCGACGAGGCGGAGAAGCUGUGCCGGAAAGCGCUGGAGAUCCACCGGGAGCACAGCGCGCCCGCCUCUCUAGAGGAGGCCUCCGACCGCCGCCUGAUGGCGCUCAUCCUCGACGCCAAGGGCGACUACGACGGCGCGCUCGAGCACCUCGUGCUGGCCUCCAUGACCAUGGUGGCCAACGGGCGCGACGUCGAGGUCGCAACCAUCGACGUCGCGAUCGGCAACACCUACCUGGCCCUCGCGCGCUUCGACGAGUCCGUCUUCUCCUACCAGAAGGCGCUGACGGUGCUCAAGUCCGCCCGCGGCGACGACCACCCUUCGGUGGCGUCCGUCUUCGUGCGCCUCGCGGACCUUUACCACCGCACGGGCAAGCUCCGUGAGUCCAAGUCCUACUGCGAGAACGCCCUCCGUGUCUACGCCAAGCCCGCGCCGGGCGCUGCCCCUGACGAGGUCGGUGGAGGCCUGAUGGAGAUCGCGGCCAUCUACGAGGCGCUCGGGGAGCUUGACGAGGCCCUGAAGCUGCUUCAGAGGGCGCUGAAGCUGCUCGAGGACUCGCCGGGGCAGUGGAGCACCGUCGCCGGGAUAGAAGCGCAGAUGGGCGUGUUGUACUACAUGAUAGGGAGGUAUGCCGAUUCGAGGAACUCGUUCGAGAGCGCCGUCUCCAAGUUGAGGGCCAGCGGGGAGAGGAAGUCUGCGUUUUUCGGUGUCCUGCUCAACCAGAUGGGGCUAGCUUGCGUGCAGCUGUUCAAGAUCGAUGAGGCCGCGCAGCUCUUUGAGGAAGCCAGGGCAGUUCUAGAGCAGGAGUGUGGCGCCUCUCAUCCAGACACUCUUGGCGUCUACAGCAACCUUGCUGCCAUCUAUGAUGCUAUGGGAAGGGUGGAGGACGCGAUCGAGAUCCUGGAGCAUGUGCUGAAGGUGCGUGAGGAAAAGCUUGGCACGGCGAACCCGGACGUGGAGGACGAGAAGCGGCGGUUGGCCGAGCUGUUGAAGGAGGCGGGGCGGUCCCGGAACCGGAAGCAGAAGUCGCUGGACAACCUCUUCGGAAACAGCACGCAGCGCGGGGCCAAGAAGGACUCCUCCGGGGGGCGGCGGUGGUCCAACUUCGGGUUCAGGAGCUGAGGAGAAACGCCAUUGGUCAAGUGCCUCACCUGGUGCUGGUGCUGGUGUUGAUGGCCUCUGUAACAUAAGGAGAGAAAGGGGGAAAAAGAAGGAGAGCCCACGUGUAAGUAAAGAAAAUGUGUUGUUGGUAGAGUAGGAAGACCGAGAUGAUUUGUGUUUGUUCGCCGUUUGUUUGGUAUGUGUUGCAGCAGUGCAUUAUUUGUCACCGGAAGUAUUUUCCCUGGAAGUUCUUUUGUUUGUGUUUGUUUUCACAGUUAGUUUAACUGUAUCUUCUCUUGUUGUAUCUGGAUAAGUAAUAUACAGUGUUGUUUGGUUGUGCUGGUGACUGGUUGAUGAGAA